AUGCUCAAAUAUUUACAGGGUACGAUGGCAUCAGCUCUCGGCACUCAGGAGCCAGAAUACGGCCCUGACUCUAUUCAUCCGGUUACAAAUCGAGUGAAUAAGGAGCUGGGACUGGUGUAUCGUUCUACUAAGCCAGAAGACUUCAAUUGGCAGUCGCCCAACUACACCAAUGUUGAAACCCAAACUUUUUACUUUACGGAUUUGGCGACUGGAAAUGUGGGAUUCGCUCAAAUUAUUCACAGUAAUGUGAUGGGUGUCCAUACAACAGCUCAAUUCACCUUCCGCCUUUACAAUAUUAACGAUCCAUCAAAGAAUAUCUGGACAAGUACUAGAUUGGAAAAUUUUAAAAUUGUUGACGGAUUCAAUUUUGAAGCGGAUAACUUGAAGUUUGAAAUGGUGGAUGGCAGAAAUUACAAAUUGAAAUCUUUUGUUUGUGAUGAAUCAAUUGUUGAAUUGGAAGUUGAAAGAUUAACAGAUGGUGUUAUUUUCGGUGAUGACGGAAUGACUUUCUAUGGUGAUGAUAUUAAUCAACCUUGGGGAUCAAUGAGGCAUGUAUUUUGGCCAAAGUGCACUGUUAAUGGUCGUAUUUUGACAAAAAAAUUGGGUGAAGUUAAAAUUACCAAUGGAUAUACUAUGUUUGUUAUGGCUUUGCAAGGUAUGAAACCGCACCAUGCUGCUAAGUCUUGGAACUUCAUGAAUUUUCAAAGUAGCAACUAUGCUGCUGUCCAAAUGGAAUUCACUACACCUAAAUCAUAUGCUAACACCAAGAUCGAUAUUGGAAUUGUUACUGAUAAUGAAAAAAUCUUAUUUGCCACCAUUGAUAAUGAAGUUGUGCAUUUGGAUUCAGAAAUUGAUUCAGUUGGAUGGCCAGUUCCAAAAGCUAUUGAAUUCAACUAUGUUGAUCCAUUAAAUGGUAAUACUAUUGCUAAAGUUACUGGUCCUUUAAAGAACCUUGUUGAACGUGUUGAUGUUAUGGCAGAAAUCCCACAAUUUGUGAAAAACAUCGUAAGUGGAGUUGCUGGUGCCAAGCCUUAUAUCUAUCAAUACAGUAAUGAAUUUGAAAUUGAAAUUUUAGAUAAGGAGAAGGAUUCAAAGAGCGGUAAAGCUGUUGAGGGAAAGGAAAAGGGAAUUGGGUUUACUGAGGUUACCUUCAUCUCAGAAUAA